AUGACUUCGGCUGCCGCCAAUGUCUUGAAUGGCGACUUUGCCAGCCAUGAGAGUGUGGUCCGGUUCUGCCGCCAAUAUCUCCAACUCGAGAAUGAGCUCGACUUUCCAGAACCGAAACUCCUGCGUGAGGAGCAUGUCCAGUCGGCCAUUUUUGAACGCCUCUUUGCCGAUGCGGCAACAUCGUACCCGCCCCCGCCGAGGUAUGAGCUCCGCGUCCUCAAGGAUCUCAUGUCCAAGAUUGAGGAUAGCAUUGAGGACUGGGAACAACAUGGUGUCUCUGAUGACCUGAUGGGCCGGCUGGCCGAGAGUCUCGCAUCCCCAGUACCCUCGGAGCUCGAUGCUGCGCAGCAAAAGUCCUACGUGACUUAUUCCUUAUCUCUGCUCAAGGAAGAGUCUGCUACUACCACUGCUACUACACCCCAGAUCACACUCCUCGAGACGCGCGACCUCAUCUCAGCCGCCGGCACCACUGGUCUGCGGACGUGGGAAGCCGCCCUUCACCUAGGACAGUACCUCUGCGAACACCCUUCCCUGAUUCAAGGUAAAGGCGUGCUCGAGCUGGGCGCGGGCACGGGCUACAUUUCCAUUCUCUGCGCAAAGUACCUGUCCCCGCGCCAAGUCAUUGCGUCCGACGGCUCCGACGACGUGGUCAAUAACCUGCCGGAAAACUUUUUCGUCAAUGGACUCCAAAAGCAGCAACAGCCAGAGGAUACCUCGACGGAGCAAAAUGGCCCUCUCAUUACCGCCAUGGACUUGAAAUGGGGCCACGCCCUACUGGGCACCGAGGAGGCGGCCUGGAACGGCGGCCGGCCCAUCGACGUGGUCCUCGGCGCCGACGUCACGUACGACGAGCGCGUCAUUCCGUCCCUGGUGAGCGUCAUUGAGGACCUUUUCCAACUCUACCCUUCGGUAAAGGUCAUAAUCGCGGCGACGGAACGCAAUCGCAAGACAUAUGAUGCCUUUUUGCGCGUUUGCGAGCAGAGGCGUUUCGGAGUUCAUCAGGUCGACUACGCCCUACCGCCCCGAGCGUCCCAAAACGGUCCUUUUUACAAUGACCAAGUGCCAAUUAGGAUCUGUGAGAUUAUUUCAUCAUAA